CGAGUUGGGGCGAUCGCGGUGCCGGAGCCAGCGCCGCCGCUGCUGCCGCCUUUCCCCCGCCGCCCGGGAGCCCAGCAUGAGCCAGCGCCAGAACCAGCGCCGCGGCGGCCCGCGGGCCGAUAUGGUGCCCGAGAUCGCCGCCGCCGUGGGUUUCGUUUCCAGCCUGUUGCGGACGCGGGGUUGCGUCAGCGAGCAGCAGCUGCAGGUCUUCAGCGGGGCGCUGCGGGAGGCGCUCGCAGAGCACUACAAACAUCACUGGUUUCCUGAGAAACCGUUCAAAGGCUCUGGGUAUCGUUGCAUCCGGAUCAAUCACAAAAUGGACCCCAUUAUCAGCAAGGCAGCUAGCCAGAUCGGACUCAGCCUACCGCAGCUCUACCAGCUCCUGCCCAGCGAGCUCACACUCUGGGUAGACCCCUACGAGGUCUCAUACCGCAUCGGUGAGGAUGGCUCCAUCUGUGUCUUGUAUGAAGCGACUGCAACAAAACCUGUGAGCUCCUAUGGGAUGCUUACCUGUAAGAACCAGAUGAUGUUAGGUCGUACCAGUCCUUCCAAAAACUACAUCAUGACUGUCUCCAGCUAAAUACUCCUCUUGUCCUUACACUGCCAAGACACAGGCUACUGUAUACCUCGCCUGAGGAUCUAUUUUUAAGAUGAAGAGCUAUUUAUAUUUUUUAAAAAAAUCCAAGAAAAUCCAAAAUUAAAAUAUUGGGCACCGCUUUGAACAGAAGCGGUGUUCUAGGUGCCUUUUUUUAAAGCUGUUGCAAGCUUGUGAGUUUUUAUUAUGAAGCCGAUAUCUACCUAAUUAGUGUUGGAUGGCAAUUUUGGGCUGACUUGCUCACUUGGGCAGCUUGGAAUGGAGGAUGAGGGGGAAGAGCCAGGCUGGGAAGUGUGGCUUGGUGGUGGGAAAUGUCUGUCGCCUUCUCACCAUUCUGGUACCCAACAGUAUUGCUGUAUUGCCAAGUAUUGCAAUACUGUUGGAGAAGGGACGAAGGAGCUGCUGUCUUUUCUCCACUAACUACUUCACUCCCCAGCUGGUCUGAUCUCUCUGGGGCCUGGAUAUAGUGUUUGGGGGAACCUGCCUCAGGUCUGGGUGAUGCCAGGGACCAUGGGGUCCCUCUCCUUUGCUCUCGCACAUCUCCUGUGGACUCACUCCGUGAGUAUUGCAGCUCUGCUCUGCCCCACUCCCAGCACAAAGUGAGGGUGAGCAUGGCCUGUCUCCAACCUCUCCGUCUUUCCUGUCUGCUGUUGGACUGAAAGGGGCCACUUGGGUAUUGGUGUCUUGUGAAGUGGAGCAAGGCAGAGAUGCACCGGGGGUCAGGCUGUGCAGAGAACGUCCCCAAGAUGAAUGUUGCAGCUACUGUGGUGGCACUGUGGUACUGUUUGUUCCUGGUGCUCCCCAGUACCUGGCUAUCACCCACUGCUUGCUGCACACCGAGAAGGGUACUCCAGACCCUGAAACCAGCACUGAACAGCUGUGAAUUACAAAGCCUUUCUGCUACGUGUGGCUUAGACAUCAGCCCAUGACCUGCUUUUGUGUGGCCUCUCUGUGCUCCAAGAGUGGAGUCUGGCCUCUUGCUUGCAAAAGUUGCCUAAUCCAAAGCUGAUGACUUGCCGUGUCACUUCUCCAGAAGAGCUGAAGCAACUCGCCUUGUGCUGUAGAGGUUGGUGUGUGAGAACCCCUUUGCCCUGUCCCUUAAUCAGAAGGGUUGGGGGUCUCUUCCCCCUGUGUGUGGGAUGCUCAGAUGCUUUGGUGUCCUAAUGUUACUUUUAAAGUCACAGCACUUCUUCCCUCUCUUCCUCCUCUGUGUGAUCAGCAUGUGGCUGUCCCUGUCUCCACUGAUAACUUGGUAAGGGGCAUCGUUUGGUUCCAAUCUCUUGGUACAUUUUGCACAAUUAAUGCCUGGUCCUAUGCUCUGUCUAUUCAAGCAAAACUCCUCUUGGAGUCCCAGUGGUACUUGUUUUCAGGGAGACUUUGCCCAAGUGUUGUUCAGGAUUUGGCCCUUAAACUGCUCUGGCUAACUGCAAAUGGAGUGGGAGCUGAAAGUGCUGUCACAAGAACUUCACCUACCUGUCGGGAAUGAGCCUUUACCAGGAUGUUUUAUGUCUGUUGCCUUUUUACUAACCAGCUGGUGCUCCUCCAGUGAUCCUGGGAGAAGUGAUUGAAAAAGCAGGGCAUUGACAUGGCUGUUUGUAAUGAAACUUUCCCAGAUUUGUCUCGGCACACUUUUUUUACCUUCCUCUUUUCUGACCUGGCAGCUGACUGGCAUAACCAGAGUUGUUCUUGCCCAGCCUUUGAUGAAUCAAGUUCUCAGACAUUUGUGCAAUAUAUUUCCAAAUCUUGGGCGCUCUGGGAGAGGAAGGAAGCCUCCCAUCUUCCACAGUUCUGAGCUUGUUUUUUAAUAUCUUAAAAAAAAAAAAAAAAAUUCAACACAGCUCCCCAAGUCUGACUGCUAAUGUGGAAAAGUAAGUUCAGAUUUUUGUAAGCUUCAAAUCAUGACUUCCAGAACUGGGAAACCAGCCUCAAAUCUUAGAUUCUUUUAAAAUGUCAAGUGGUGAGUUAUUUGUCCUUGAACAGUAAUAACAGACUGUGGCUCUGAAGUUGCAUCACUUCCCUCUGCAUCACUCUAAUUUCUCAUGUCAGCAAAGCAGAAGCUGAAAUGAAGCACUGGGGUUUUUUCCCUUGGUGAACUUGUGCAAUAGGUGACCUCACCAAGAGGGGAGUACUUGGGAACUUCCAAAAAGCAAAUUCCCUUUUCAAGGAAAAGGGAUCUUGGUGCUUUUUGGAGUCCUCACUUAACCUGCUUACAUGGAAAGCCCGUGAUGAGAACUGCAUCCAGGAUAAGCAUCGUUUGCUUUGCUUGCUGGACUCCUUGGCUGGAUGUGGAGUUUCCUGAAGGCUGUUAACUUCCUUGUGUUGUAAUUUAUCAUGAUCAAAGCUGUCUUAAGAUUUACCCCCCACUUUCACUCUGUUCCCUCACUCUUACCAGAAAAGUUUUUCAGGAACAACAGCCCACACCAAAGGAAUACACUAUAAUUAUUCUUAACAUGCCCCCACUUCCAGAACCAAAAUAGCCAAAUCUCAUUCUUUUGUCCCUGGUGUGGAGGAGUCUAAUGUUAAAGGUGUCUGUGUUUAGCUUCAAAACCAACCAAAUUUGGGUAUAAUCCAUUUCUCUCUUGUAGCUGGUUACAUGUAAAAGCUGUGAAUUCAUGUGCUCUGUUGCCUUCUGCCUACAAGCCUGAUACUCAACUGCAGAGCUGAAUGGUGUGUAUUUUGAGACAGUGUAUUUGAGGGGUUUCCUGUAAUUUUUUUAACAAGCUGGACUGUUGAACGGGACCUGCUUUUUGUAUUUGGUGAAAAUGAUAGAAAGUUUGUAAGCUACACUUGGAGGAGGGAGUGGAUGGUUACUAAUUGUAUAGUAGUGUUUUUAUAUACAGAAUGUACAGAUCCUUUGACAGACGUAUGCUUUUGUUACUUUAAUAAAAAUGUAGCACUAUAAA